AUGGCGGAGCGCGGCGCGGAGCCGCUGUGGCGGACGCCGCCGGGCCGCCUGGCGCCGCCUCACGUCUACCGCAUGGCGGGCGCGCUGGGCGCCGAGCUGCGCCGCCUCUCGGGCCGCUUCGGGCCCGACGCCGUGGCCGGGCUCGUGCCGCCCGUCGUGCGGCUCCUGGAGCUGCUCGAGGCGCUCGUGGCGCCGCCGGGCGCCGAGGCCCAAGCGCCGCCAUCGCCCGGGGACAGCGAGGAGCUCGAGCAGCGGCUGUGGGCGGCCGAGCGGCGCGAGCGGGCGCAGGCCGAGCGCGUGGCCCGUCUGGAGGAGCAGAACCGGCGGCUCCGGGGGCAGCUGGCGGAGAGUCAGUCCCACGAGGGAAGCACCGCGCGCAAGGAGCGGGAGGUGAUGCUGCGCCUCAAGGAGGUGGUGGACAGGCAGAGGGACGAGAUCCGCGCCCAGGCCCACGAGAUCGUCUGCAAGAGCCGCGACACGGAGGCACUGCAGGAGCAACUGAACCGCUUCAUGUCCAUGAACGAGGACCUGCGGCACAAGGUGGCCGUGGUGCAGGCCCAGCUCAAGAGCGCCCUGGAGCAGAAGUCCGACCUGGAGGCGGUUGUGCUGCAAACGCAGAGGGAGACGAGCAGGAGGAGCAGAGCUGCCUCUGAAGCCCAGGCACCAAAGCCCAGCCCGGAAGGAGCAUCGUUGCCUGCAGAGGAUACCCCGCUGCGGCCAGGCCCGGGCAAGAGCCCCGCUCACUGCUGCUUCUCCAGGGAAGAGCUGCAGCAAAUCCUGCAGGAGCGCAAUGAGCUCAAGACCAACCUGUUCCUGGUGCAGGAGGAGCUGGCUUAUUACCAGCGAGAGCUGCUGAACGAAGAGCGAAUUCCCAGCUUCUUCUUGGACGCAAUGAAAUCGUCUAUCAAAAAACAGAGAAGGAAAAUCAGAGCCAAAAUGCUGGGCACGGCGGAGGAGUCCGCAAGCAGUGACGAGGACGAGGGCUCCUGGCUGCCAGCUCCCGGUGCCGACUGCGUGGACGCUCCGCCGCCCCAGUCCCAAAUCAGGAGCUUCUUCGGGCUGUGGUAUCCGGGCAGCGGCAGAGAGGCCCCCACGCCCAGCUGCUCCGGAGCCUGGGAAAUCAUCGACUCGCUGGAAGCGCAGCCGGAGCAGGAGGGCCGGAGGGAGCCGGACGGCUCCCCGCACAGAGCCACGCCGCCGCUCUGACCCAGCCGAGCCCGAGGCGACUCCGGCCGUGCCGCUUCCCUCCGCCUGCUCCUCCUGCCGCUUCCCGUCCCGGCCACUUCCCGCCGCUGGAGCUGUGCCCUGAAUUCCCGCUCUUCCAGGCCGGCUCUCCCUGUCUCCCUGCACUGUCACGCCUCGGCAUCCCCGUGGGGCAAUUCCCCUCCACCGGUGGCUCACGGCUCCUGCACUGGGGACCCUGUCGAGCCCACGGAUCUUUUGCUUCCUCCCUUUCCCACUCUCUUUCCUCCUUGUCCCUGCAAUGUGAAGAUGAAGGAAGAGUGUCUGGGCAGGCUGCUGGGCACUGUCCUGGGGACGCAGGGUCCUCGGCUCCCCACACACUCGCACUGGGGCUGAGCACGUUGCACCCACAAGAGCAGGGGCCCUCGGGGCUGUGCUGGAGAGCAGCGGCCGGGGCCAGCACGGCCGGGGCCACUUGUGCACCUUUCAGACCGGGGUGAAUCGCUUUUGUACCGGGACUUCUUCCUUCUGCUACUGGAAACUGGAAGACUGUAACGUCACCUCUCAUGUUCAUUGUUGUGGGGACAGCUGGGUCCUCACGGGUCAGGUAUUUUCCAGCUCUACGAGCGGAGUCAGAAAUAAAUCCAUCUCUUGUCCCACA